UAUUUUUUUUAUUUAGUGAAAUAAUGAAAUAAUGGAGGUUACAGGAGGUUCUUCGAACACCAACACGAAUAAUGUUAUUUCGGAUAAAGACGUGAAUAUUGAACUUGGUUUUGAAAAAUUGGAGGAUCAAAAUUUCAAGGUUUUUGAAGAAGCAGGUGAAGGAUUAGAAACAAUUGCUGAUUCUGACAAGAAACGAGAAGCAGAAAGACAAGAAUGGCUUGAAAAAUUAGAACAAGAGAGAUCAGAAUGGGAGGCAUUGGAAUCUGCGCAGAGGACAAGUACUGGAGGAGUGAAGACAACGCAUUCUGUAUCCUUUACUGAAGUUCUCCAACAUUUUCAAACAAAAACUCUUGAUACAAAAAAUAUCAAACCAACAAUCAACAGAACUAGAUUUGCAGCUUUUUUACAUUUUUUAUUUGGUCCUCCUAAAUUACAUCAAUCAUUAGUAGAAGAAAGAGAUUUGAUAUUUUGCAUUGCACAAACACAACUUGAUGAUGGAGAUGAUAUCCAUGGUCGUACUUUACAAACAAUUUAUAAGAAACUCACAGGAUCGAAAUUUGAUUGCGCAAGAAGGGGGACACAUUGGGAAACUAUUGGUUUCCAAGGUAAUGAUCCUGCGACUGAUCUUCGAGGAGUUGGAUUCUUAGGUUUAAUGCAGAUGCUACAUGGUACAUCUGACUCUGAUGUUUCCAGCUUAUUUACCGACUUCUAUCGUCUGUCACUCGAUGAAGAGCAGAAUUUCCCAUUCUGCGUGAUGUCGUUCAAUAUAACAAGAAUUGCUUUGCAAGUUUUAAGAGAGGAAAAAUUACACAAAGACUGUAACAAAAGGAAACAGGUCAUAGCAGUCGUGAAUGAUUUUUAUGUUGCAUUGUUUCUGCAUAUAUAUACAAUAUGGAAAACACAACAUAAAACUAUGAAAGAUUCUGGUCAUGUUAUGAAAGAUGCAGAAACGGAAGCAAAAAAGAAUCCGAGGAAGCUUCUUCGUAAGUUGGAAUCAGCGUUGAAAGAGAGACAAUCAAAUAAAAAGAAACUGCCAGCAUCUCCUGUUCCUAUUUCAGGACCUCUGACUCCAGAUCAGAGACAAGACCUGCAUGGAAGACCUUCUGCAGCUUCAUCUUUAUCUUCAGAAGAUGAAGACACUGGGAAACAAUCAAAUAAUCAAUCAUUAGAUGCCAGCGCCCCUAACUCUGCUCGUUUUGUUGCGACCAAGAAAUCGUCAAUGGAUGAAUUAGAACAUUUCACAGAUAUUCGAACAGAAGGACAACAAGAAAUUCCAGUAACAGACCUCUGAAGUU